AUGGAGCAGAGAAGAGAUCUGACACCGCUGAUCUGCUGCUGCUGGAUCCUCGUCAGCUCCGUGCUGGCUGCUGAGUGGACUCACGGUCACACCGAGGAUGAGCUCUUCAGGAGUUUGUUUGGAGGCUACAGCAAGUGGACGCGUCCGGCACGAAACAUCACCGACGUGGUCAUCGUCAAGUUUGGCCUCUCUAUCGCACAGCUGAUAGACGUGGAUGAGAAAAACCAGAUGAUGACGACCAACGUGUGGUUGAAACAGGAAUGGACAGAUUAUAAGCUGCAGUGGAGUCCCUCCGACUUUGACAACGUGACGUCCAUCAGAGUUCCCUCUGAGCUCAUCUGGGUGCCCGACAUCGUUCUGUACAACAAUGCAGACGGGGAGUUCGCCGUCACCCACAUGACCAAGGCCCAGCUGUUUCACACCGGUCGUGUCCGCUGGGUGCCGCCGGCCAUCUACAAGUCGUCCUGCUCCAUCGACGUCACCUUCUUCCCCUUCGACCAGCAGAGCUGCAAGAUGAAGUUUGGCUCCUGGACGUACGACCGAGCCAAGAUCGACCUGGAGCCCUUUGAGAACACCGUGGACCUGAAGGAUUACUGGGAGAGCGGAGAGUGGGCGAUCGUCAACGCUGUGGGCACCUACAACACCAAGAAAUACGACUGCUGCCACGAGAUCUACCCCGACAUCACCUACUAUUUCGUCAUCCGCCGCCUCCCGUUGUUCUACACCAUCAACCUCAUCAUCCCCUGCCUCCUCAUCUCCUGCCUGACCGUCCUGGUUUUCUACCUGCCGUCGGACUGCGGCGAGAAAAUCACGCUGUGCAUCUCCGUGCUGCUGUCGCUCACCGUCUUCCUGCUGCUGAUCACAGAGAUCAUCCCGUCCACCUCGCUGGUCAUCCCGCUGAUCGGGGAGUACCUGCUCUUCACCAUGAUCUUCGUCACGCUGUCCAUCGUCAUCACCGUGUUCGUGCUGAACGUGCACCACCGGUCGUCCGCGACCCACACCAUGCCUCGAUGGGUUCGGAGGCUGUUCCUGUCUGCGGUGCCGCGCUGGCUGUGCAUGAAGCGUCCACAUCAUGGUCUCAGGCCUGUCAGGCGGAGCCACCUGACUGAUAGGCUCCUCCCGGUCCGGACUCCUGGCCCCUCCCACAUCACAUCCACCUGGAUCACCGAGGAGUCUGACAUCGAUCUCCACGGCAACCAGGAUGACAACGGUUGCUACAGCAGCCACCAGCUGGACUCCUUGGAUAGCAGAAAUGAAAUUCACCACUGCGAUCUUCACGGUUACCCACACUUGGCGAGGUUCCGGGUGCAGAGGAUUCCUUCCCUGUCUCCUCCCUCUCUUGGUUACACCCUCCUCCCACAGAGACAGUCCACACUCAGCUUGGACUGGGACACCCCUCUUGUGGAGCGUGGUUCCAUGCAGACCCCACUGGCCUCUGUGAUGUCUCCUGCAGUGGCGUCAGCCCUGGAGGGGGUCACCUACAUCGCAGAGCACCUGAGAGCAGAGGAUGCAGACUUUUCAGUGCAGGAGGACUGGAAGUACGUAGCCAUGGUUGUAGACCGGAUCUUCCUGUGGAUGUUCAUUAUCGUGUGUCUGCUGGGGACAGUCGGACUCUUCUUGCCUCCGUGGCUCUCUGGGAUGAUUUAG